AUGGAGGUCGGUGUGAGGGCUGCUCUGGGACUCUCUCUCACCGGCAUGUCUGGCCUCAGCCUCAUCUCCCCCGCCUGGUUCCAGAGCCUUUCCUCCUCUUAUGGUGUCUUUACCUACUGCUCCUGGCCACCAGGUGACUGCUGGAACCAAAGCUGUGUGACCUUUGGGUCAUUGAAGGACAUGCCCAGCUUGGCCUGGAAGGUCUCGGCUGCAACACUCCUGGGAGGCUGGCUUUUGCUGUCCAUCAGCGCUCUUCUCCUCUCAGCCUGGGCACUAGCCCCCAGAAGGUUGUUUCCCAGGAGGGGCUUUGGUCCGACACCGGUGGUGCAGGCAGCAGCAGCAGUCUCCAUGCUUGUAGGUCUGCUGGUUUUUCCAGCCACUCUGGCUUCCCCAUUUGCCAAAGAAAUCUGUGAAGGCUCCUCCAUGUACCACAGCGGAGCAUGCCAGCUGAGCUGGGGCUAUGCCACUGCCAUCCUCAACAUGGUCCUGACCAGCCUGCUUGUCAUCAGGUGGCAAGUGACCACGGUCCAGAGAGCAGCCAUCCCCUUCUCCAGUGAGACUCAGAGAGCCAUCCUUGUGCCAGAAUAA